UUUAGUCAAUUCUGAGUCCAUCUGAGUCCUUGUCUAUGGUCUUAGUCGAAACCGUGAUUUUAUUUAAAAUUAGUGAAUUAUUUAUUCGUUUAUCAUCUUCAAGAUAGUUAAAAGAGAAUAGAAAAAUGGCUCGACGUUAUGAUACCAGAACAACGAUUUUUUCUCCUGAAGGAAGACUGUACCAAGUCGAAUAUGCUAUGGAAGCUAUCAGUCAUGCAGGUACUUGUCUUGGCAUUUUGGCCAACGAUGGCAUUUUAUUAGCUGCAGAACGUCGUAACACCAAUAAAUUAUUGGAUGAAGUAUUUUCAUCUGAAAAAAUCUACAAGCUUAAUGAUGAUAUGGUGUGUAGUGUAGCUGGAAUAACCUCUGAUGCAAAUGUUUUAACUAAUGAGUUACGUCUUAUUGGGCAAAGAUACUUACUGCAGUAUGGAGAAUCCAUACCCUGUGAGCAACUGGUUUCAUGGUUAUGUGAUGUUAAACAAGCAUAUACACAAUAUGGGGGUAAAAGACCCUUUGGUGUUUCAAUUUUGUAUAUGGGAUGGGAUAAACAUUAUGGCUAUCAGUUGUACCAGUCUGAUCCCAGUGGAAAUUACAGUGGCUGGAAAGCAACUUGUAUAGGAAAUAACAGUGCUGCUGCUGUAUCCAGUCUAAAACAAGAAUACAAUGAAGGAGAAAUGACCCUGAAGGAUGCCAAAGCAUUAGCAGUAAAAGUUCUAAGCAAAACCCUAGACAUGACGAAGCUAACAGCAGAAAAAGUUGAAAUGGCUACACUAUCACGUAUUAAUAACAAAACAGUAAUUCAUAUACUGAACAAUAAAGAAGUAGAAGAACUUAUCAAAGAAUUUGAGAAAACAGAAGCAGCACUUGAAAAGGAAAAGAAGGAAAAGCAGAAAGAUAAACCUUAAGUCUUUUAUAUUACCGUUAUUCAUUUUUAAAUACAAUAUAAGAAAAAUACAAAAAUAUUUUCCACUUGAA